CCAAGCUACUAGAGACAAAUCGACUUGCUCCGGAGCUUCCAAAUCGCGAUAGCUUCGCCCUCUUUACUCUCGCUUCAUCAAGUCUUGUCGGAUAUCUCUUAACUAUGGAUCGCCUUAACCGGAUGCUCCAGGCCGCUCAAGGCAUGGGGAUGGGAGGCGCUGCUCCGGGUGGUGAUACCCCAAACCUGAUUGAUAACUCCGAAACUGUCCACAUCUCCUCCUUGGCUCUGCUGAAGAUGCUACGACAUGGCCGCGCCGGUGUGCCGAUGGAGGUCAUGGGCCUGAUGCUGGGCGAGUUCGUUGAUGAAUACACAGUUCGAGUAGUGGACGUCUUUGCUAUGCCCCAGAGUGGCACUGGCGUCAGUGUUGAGGCAGUGGACCCCGUGUUUCAAACUAGAAUGAUGGAAAUGCUCCGACAGACGGGACGACCAGAAACCGUCGUUGGAUGGUAUCACUCGCAUCCCGGUUUCGGCUGCUGGCUCUCCUCGGUCGAUAUCAACACUCAGCAAUCAUUUGAGCAGCUCACACCGCGUGCGGUUGCCGUUGUCGUCGAUCCUAUCCAGUCAGUGAAGGGCAAGGUUGUCAUUGACGCCUUCCGUCUCAUCCAGCCUCAGACGGUAGUCAUGGGCCAGGAGCCCCGCCAGACUACAUCAAACUUGGGUCACCUCAACAAGCCUUCGAUCCAGGCUCUGAUCCACGGUCUCAACCGCCAUUAUUACAGCAUUGCGAUUGACUACCGUAAGACGGGAUUGGAAGAGAACAUGUUGAUGAACCUUCACAAACACGUAUGGACCGAGGCCUUGGAGAUGAAUGACUUCCACGAGGAGGGCCAGCACAACGUGGAACGUAUGAAACAGCUUGUUCUUCUUGCAGAGGGCUACGAGAAGCGGAUCAAAGAAGAGACGGAGCUGAGCAAGGAUCAGCUGAAGACGAGAUACGUUGGCAAGGUUGAUCCCAAGAAGCACAUCGAGGACGUAAGUCAGCAGUUGAUUGAGGAUAACAUUGUCGCCGUCUCGCGGCAGAUGAUUGACAAGGAAGCUUCGGUGGCACGGCAAUCAUCCAAAGAAGACACAAACGGGGCUGCUAUGGAAGUUGAUGAAGAUCUCUAAAGAGGUAGAAAAGUGUGCCAAUCAAACCACUUUAAUUAUUUCUGAUUGGUUGGGCUUUAUGUUACCAAACCAG